GGAGCCGGGGAGGAGCAGGGAUGGGGGAGCGCCGGGAUCCGGGCGGUCAGUGUGGUCAGUGGGCUGCGGACGGGCUGCGCAGGAAAAGCGGUGCGAACGAGAGGAAUAAUAAAACGCAGGAGAGAAGUCAGGGCUGCGCAACGGGCAACCCCUCUCCCUUUCUCUCUCUCUCUCACACACACACGACACGAGCUGAAAGAGAGAGAGAGGAGCCGGAGGGAGAGAAACUAAAAUCCGCCAAGUUCCCGUCGGAGGAGCGACACGGAGAACAAGAAACAAAGAUGACCCGUAAAGCUGUGUUCCCAGGUGCACUUUUAUGACACGGUCACCUGUCCAGGCCAAGUGGUUAAAGGCUGCUGGACGAGCCAUGCUGCUGAAGGAGUACCGCAUCUGCAUGCCUCUUAGCGUGGAGGAGUACAGGAUAGGGCAGCUGUACACCAUCAGCAAGCACAGCCACGAGGAGAGCGACAAAGGCGAGGGGGUGGAGGUGAUCCGCAACGAGCCGCACCACGACCCCGUGCACGGGGAGGGCCAGCUCACGGAGAAGAGGGUUCACCUGUCCAGUAAACUCCCCAGCUGGGCGCGGGCCGUGGUGCCUCGCAUUUUUUACAUCACAGAAAAGGCGUGGAACUACUACCCGUACACCAUCACAGAGUACACAUGCUCAUUUUUACCGAAAUUCUCGAUCCACAUAGAGACAAAAUACGAGGACAACUGUGGAAAUAAUGACAACAUAUUCAACGUGGAGAAGAACGACGACUUGGAGGUGGACUUCCUGGACAUAGCUUACGACGAGAUCCCGGAAAGACACUAUAAGAGCGGCGAGGACCUGCGGCACUUCUCCUCCCAGAAAACAGGGCGGGGUCCCCUGAAAGAGAACUGGAGGGAGAACACCAAGCCGGUCAUGUGCUCCUACAAGCUGGUCAGGGUCAAGUUUGAGGUGUGGGGGCUGCAGACCCGGGUGGAGCAGUUUGUACACAAGGUCAUCAGGGACAUCCUGCUGGUCGCGCACCGGCAGGCGUUUGCGUGGGUGGACGAGUGGUACGGCAUGUCCAUGGACGAGGUUCGAGAGUACGAGAGGGAGACGCAGGAAGCCACCAACGAGAAGGUGGGCCUCGUCAUGCCCUCCAUCUCCGUCCACGAGGUGCCACGUGCAGCAGCGACCCGCAGCGCCCCCGCCAGCGCGCCGUCCACGCCGGUCAACGGCGACCCCCCCGACUUCCUGGCCGUCCCCCGCGACCGACCGCGCAAGAAGUCGGCGCCCGAGACCCUGACCCUGCCGGAGCUGAGGGAGCUUUCCUCCCCCAAGUAGCCAUCCCAGCCGCUGCCCCCUCCCCCUCCGCCUCUGCUAAAAUUUUUGGGUUUUCUGAUCCAGCUACUGAUGGGCAGCUCAGUGCUCCAUGUGCUGGAAAGGCAGUUGAAACACAGCAGGUUGCAGUGACCGAAAAAGGACCGUGCUGUGGCGCUUCUGAGCGCGGUCACUGAAACAAACAAACAAACAAACAAAAGGUGCAAUGGAAGGAGAUAUAGGUGUCUGGAAAAUGAAGCAACUGAAUUUUCUUGUUAUCCUUGUGUUCAGUCUCUGCAUUUGGACUCCCUCAGAGACGAGAAAAGGAGAAAUGUGUUUACGUGGCCAUUCGAGUAACGCCACUCCCUCCAACGUGGUGUCACUCACUCACGUUUCAGGUCAAAUGUCCCCUUUGCGGUCGUCCUCAGCCUUCGACGGGGACAGAAGCACAGAAAGAACUUUCCAGAACGUUGGCGGCGUCGCAACGCCUUUUUCCUGAUCUCGCCGUUUCCGGAAGGUGGAUGAACGUUGCGGCAAAAGCAGAGAAGAAAAGGAAACAUCCCGAUGUCUUUUAGGUGUCAGUCAUGUCUGUCCAUGUGUGGUGGUGGUGGUGUUGUGCAAACGAAAGCAAGUGAAGCCAAGUGAGGUUUGUCUGCAAGCUGGAUGUGCAGUGAGGGCUCUAGACCCCGAACGGGUCCCGAUGUAAAUGCCUGCUUUUUUUUUUUUUUUUUUUUCGGAAGUGCGUCACGCACCUGAUUAGUUGCCGAGAGACGCGUCGCCGCUCGCCCUGCUCCGCGGGCCGUCUCUCCAAUUUCUCUCAUUCCUCGUAAUUAGUCGAAAUGAGCCUCGUCGCUCAUGGAGCUGCAAUCAGUGUCUCCAGAAGCAGAAAGGAGACGUGUGAACGAGGGGCUGUGCGCUCGCUAAGGUGCGAGAUCUGUCACUCAAAUCAGUUCUAUACUCGUACUUUGAAAUUUUUCCUCGGAAAUCAGUGGAUGUAGCGAUGAUGAUGAUGAUGACGACAAUAAACCAAUUCCUUCUUAAAACGUGGUGGUUUAUGCUUUAGCUGUUGAAAUGUCCUUUUGGAAACAGUGGAAUAUCUCCAGGAAUUGUAUUGCUAAGGUUCAAGUGCA